GGCAAUAUAAACUUGUAGCUCCAUGGACCCUGCAGGGGUACUAGCGUAAAUUUCGCCGCUCCGAAAAUGGUGAUUUAUUGACUAUCACACUUGUUUUGUCGCCGCCGCAGCUGCUGCCAAUCCCCUGUUUCCUGUUCCAAUUUUUUACUCCAAUGCUAGUUUUCUUCGCCAUGUCCUCUGCUCCUCGCGCUACCUUCCGCCUCCUUCGCCCAUGCUCGCCGUCGACCUCGAUAAGGCCGUCCUUCGCCGCCUCAGAUGCGGCGGCGUCGGCGCCUCGCGAAAGAGCCUCCUUCUCGUCGCCGUUGGCAUCUCCGUCGCUGCGCUCUUCCUCUCUCUUUUCCCCUCUUCCACCUCCCGCGUCUCUGACCUCUUCUCCGCCGCAGAUUCUCACAACGAACUAUUCCUUUCAUCUUCAGCUCCUCCUCCGCCUCUCGUUACUCUUCCCGCUUCUACAACUCAGGGCGAGGAGCAUCUUAUUUUCCUGAGCCCAUCGGGAUCCCCUGGCCCAGCCGCAGCUCCGCAUAGGUUUCCGCCUUCCCCUUCUCCAAUUGGGGAUUUUGAUGCCUUGGCCAUCUACCUAGAUGAGUUUGACCUAAAGGAGCCGCCUUUAGAAGAUGCGCUUGUUCUUGCUCCAAGUCCCACUCCCGUAGUCAAUUUCGCUGCCGCCGAGGCGAAUUCAUCUAAUACUGAUGGGAAAACGAAGUCUUUUGCUCCGGAGCCCCCAAGACGUCCUGCCAUAAAGACCCCUGCUUUUUCGCCAAAGAAUACUGAUCGGCAGCUGGUGUACGCCAAGAAGGAGAUCGCUAAUGCUCCUCCUGUCUUCAACGAUCCUGAUCUCCAUGCUCCAUUGUUCUUGAAUGUUUCAAUGUUUAAGAGGAGCUACGAGCUGAUGGAGAAAAUUUUAAAGGUGUACAUCUAUGGCGACGGUCCCCGGCCCCUCUUCCACACUCCAGAGCUUGGAGGCAUCUACGCCUCCGAAGGAUGGUUCAUGAAAUUAAUGGAGGGUAGCAAAAAGUUUGUGACAAAGGAUCCUGAGAAGGCUCAUUUGUUCUACAUGCCUUUUAGCUCGAGGCAGCUCAGAGCAAAUCUUUAUGUUCCUGAUUCACAUAGCAACAAACCACUGUCCAUAUUCUUAAGGAAUUACAUCAACAUGAUCUCUGCCAAGUAUCCUUUCUGGAACAGGACGAGAGGAGCUGAUCAUUUCUUUGCAGGCUGCCAUGAUUGGGCAACUUACAUCACUAGACUGCACGGGGAGCUACGAGACAACGCGAUCAAAGUCGUGUGCAAUGCAGAUGUCUCCGAGGGCAUCUUCAUUCGAGGGAAGGAUGUGUCUCUUCCGGAGACCUACAUCAGAAACCCCAAGAGGCCUCAAAGAGGCAUCGGUGGUCGGCCCAGCUCCAAGAGGUCCAUUCUGGCCUUCUUUGCCGGUCACAUGCACGGCCGCGUGAGGCCCAUCCUCAUCGGCUUCUGGAAAGGUAGAGACCCAGAUAUGAGGAUCUAUGAAGUGUUGCCGGAAGAGGUUGCUGCUAAAAUGUCAUAUGCCCAACACAUGAAGUCGAGCAAGUUUUGCAUCUGCCCGAUGGGCUACGAAGUGAACAGCCCGAGGAUCGUCGAGUCCAUCUACUUCGAGUGCGUUCCAGUGAUCAUUGUCGAUCACUUUGUACUCCCGUUCGAGGAGGUGCUCGAUUGGAGGGCGUUCUCUGUGGUGGUCGCGGAGAAGGAUAUACAAAAUUUGAAGGACAUCUUGUUAGGAAUUGGCGCGGAACAGUACAGAAUCAUGCAGAUGAACGUGAAGAAGCUGCAAAAGCAUUUUCUGUGGAAUGCUAGGCCCAAAGAGUAUGAUCUGUUUCACAUGACACUGCAUUCCGUUUGGUAUAACAGACUGAAUCAGAUUGAUUUGUAGCAACGAAAUGAUGUACCCUGUAGUUGUUAUAUUCUUGUUUUUGAAAUAUUGAUAACAGUUUUCUGAAGUGGGUUAAAAACGAUUGUGCUUUCUGGAUCAUCUAAAAUACAAAUACUUAUUCAUUGAUUAA